UUCCAAUACCUAAGCAAGUAUCAAGUGAGUCUCUCAAAUUUCACUUAAAAUCACGAAAUGUAGGCAAGCUGUGACCCACGAUCCCACUGGUCAAAUUCAAUAGGAAACUUUGCUGAGGUGAUACGACGAGAAAAAUAAUUUCUGAAUAACCAACGCACUUGGCCCAGAUGGUGAUGUACACUUUUUCCUGAGGACAAGGGCGAGAGAAAGAUGAAGCUGGUCGCAAAAAGGACAAACUUCCUCUAACUGGACCAUAAGAGAUUGUUUCAGGCUUCUCCAACAGUGACUUAGUUCACUGCACAACGUUCAUCCAGCAUAGAGUACAAAAUAUCUUGUCCACAACUACAGUGUGAACAUGACAAGCAGUAACAACUUCAGUAUGAGUACAUUACUGCCAUCCACAGCACCCUUGAGUGAUUCCACAGCAAAAACAAGGAAUGUCGAGAGUGGAUUGGUCUUUGUAGUUUUGUCUUGUCUUUGUGCUAGCCUGUGGUCAAUCUACAUCACAUUCUACCAUUCGCGUGUAAUGGGUUUCAUUCUUACCAAGCUGAUAAAUUUCAAGUACAUUAAGGAUGGACAGUACUUUAAAAUUGGCUCAUUUUCCUUUUCAAUAUUGUCUGGGAAGAUCAUGUUCAGAGAUGUUGUGUAUGUAACCAAAGAUCUCAGUUUUAGGGUUAUUGAUGGCAUAGCAAUCUUUAAGUAUUGGAUUACAUACAAACCGGAGCUGUCAAAGAAGCCGCCUUACCAGCAUGAACCAUCAGAGAUAGAAGUUGCCACCAAGCAACGUCUCACAGUGUGGUUAAAUGGUCUGGAGUAUCAUGUUUAUAACAGGUCUCGUUUGUACAGCAGACUGGAAGAACUCUUUAGAGUUGAAAGAUAUGGAGAUGCAGCUAAAUCGGCCCUGAACAUUUCUGUAAGCCCUACUGUUGAACCAAAGGUGGAUGUAAAAAAGGGCUGA